AUGGCUGGUCCCGGAGGGGCGGAGGACAAAGCCCCGCAGUCCCCCGGGUUGGGGCGGGGGUCGCGGCGGGACCUCCGAGGCCUUGGCCGGGAAGGGCCGCUGGAAAAGCCCCCCCCCCGGCCCGCGACCCCCGCGCUCCCCCAAAAGCGGCUCCCCCCCCACCGGUUCCCCCCUCCGCUGCCCCGGGGCUCCCCGCUGCCCCCCCCCCCCCCCAUCAUCCCGGUACAACCCCCCCCCGCCCCCCGGGGCCCUGUCCCGCACCCCCCGGCCGGCCCCGCGGCUCCCGUGGGGGGGGUGCCCGCCGUCCCCGAGCCCCUCCGGCCCCGAGUGACGCCCCCCGAGCCCCCCCGCGCCCCACACGGGGUCGCCCCGCGGUCCCCCCGCACCUCCCGCGGGCCGCCAUGGCAACAACUCCCGCCGCACCCGCCGCCAUCUUUGUUCCUCCCUCAGCCGGCCCCGCCCCCGGCGGCCUCGCCGGCGGCUCUGCGCGUGCGCCGCCCUCCCGGCCACGCCCCCCCGGCGCCGCGCGUCGCCAUGGAAACCGCGCGGCGUCUUAAAGGGACCGCGACCCGCGCGGGUUUCUGA